GCCUUCUCUGAGUUCCGGGGUCGAUCUGUGCGCAGAGCCUAGAGAUGCAUCCGCUUCACCUAAAGCCAGUGAAGAAGACCCCAGCUCUGGGUGGAGGCGGAUAGCUUCCAUACUCGCUCUCGGGCUGGAGGAGAUCCGGUGCCCCUCUGCUGAUAGGGGCAGUCCUAGAUUGUCUCACUGGGCAAGAGCUGCAGCCUCUGCCACCGUGCCAACUCUUCCAGAAGAAGCUUAGCUCGCUCUCAAAGUGGCUCCUGAAGGUGUUUACUGGAUUGUGCAGUUAUCACCGAUUCGUGGAACAGUUGACAAGGUAGCCUUCAUGGCUGUUCCACACCACUCACAGGAGACUUCCUACCUGCUGCCUCCAAAUCCUGAGGACUGGGAGGAACAAGGCAUCCCGGACUUUGUCUAUGGACAAAAGGAUCUCGUUGGCAAGGAAGUUCAGUGGCCAAGGAAUUCACCUAGUGCCGUGGACUCACUGCCACUAUCCCGCUUUGACUCUGCCCUCUGCUCUGCAUGGAGGCAGCGGCUGGAACUGGGCCUAUUUCGAUACCGCCUAGAAGAUCUGCAGACCCAAAUCCUCCCUGGUUCUGUGGGGUUUGUAGCACAGCUGAAUAUAGAGCGAGGGAUACAGAGGAGGCGCCCCCAGAAUAUCAAAAGUGUGAGGCAAGAGUUUGACCCAGAACAGUUUAACUUCAAUAAAAUCCAGCCUGGAGAAGUCCUUUUCCGGAUGCAAAGGAAGCCUAACGGGCCAGCUGCUCCAAGGCAAGAGGAGGUCCUUGUCGUGAUCAAUGUCAGCCCCCUGGAGUGGGGCCAUGUGCUGCUGGUGCCAGCACCUGCUCAUGGGCUUCCCCAAAGACUGCUGCCUGGAGUUCUGCGUGUGGGGCUAGAAGCUGUAUUACUGAGCUUGCACCCAGGCUUCAGGGUGGGCUUUAACAGCCUGGGAGGUCUGGCCUCUGUGAACCAUCUUCACCUGCAUGGCUACUACCUGGCCCACCCACUGCCUGUGGAGGGAGCGCCAAGCACACCUCUCGAUCCAAAAGGCUGUGUACAUCUCCUGCAAGCCCUCCCAGCUCCUGGCUUUCUCUUUUACACGAGUGGACCAGGACCUGAUUUGGAAGCAUUAAUUAGUAGAGUAUGCCGAGUUACUGACUACCUGAGUGACCAUGAAAUUGCACAUAACUUAUUUGUGACCAGGGGAGCUCCACCUGGGCAGGCAUCAUCUACCUCAGAUCUCAGUGGGAUCCGAGUCAUUCUGUGGGCCCGGAAGUCCAGCUUUGGAAUAAAGGAAAGUGGGGCCUUUAAUGUUGCCCUCUGUGAGCUGGCUGGCCACCUCCCUGUCAAAACAUCUCAAGACUUCAGCAGCUUGACAGAAGCAGCUGCAGUGGCCCUCAUUCAGGACUGUCUGCUGCCCCAAACUCAGGCAGAUGAGAUACAGGCAGCGCUGGUGGCCCUGAUGGCCCAGGAAGAGCUGUGAUCCUUCAGGAGUGUUUUUUGGGGAGACUGAUUCAAAGCCCUUCCCCAAAGGCUGUGGUUCAGUCCAUUUAUGUGUUUCAUGUCAUGACUGCCUUCCCACCUCCCCACUUAAGGACUUCAAAGAAAGCACUGAGUGAAUGUGUUCCCAUGGACAUUUCUGCUGCCUCUCACCUCUCUUCUUAGACAAGCCCCAGGGUAACAGAUCUACCAUGAAGGGCCAGAUCCUACCAUUUCAGAGGGAAGAAUGCUUGUUGCCAAGUCUGUUAACCUGAGUUGACCCACCAGAACCGAUAGGGUAAAGGUUGUCUUCUGACUUUCACAUGUGUAUCAUGACAUGUGCACAUGCUUGUGCGCGCGCGCGCACACACACACACACACACACACACACACACACACACACACACGCACAGACAGGCACAUGCACGCAUGCGCGCACACACACACACGCACACAGACACGUGCACACAGACACGUGCACACACACACAGACAUGUGCACACACACACAGACAAGCACACACACAUGUGCACACACAAGUAAAUGUAUCUCAAUUUUUAAAAAAGUAAAUGUAAAAAGAACUUUUCUUGUUUUGUUUUCUUUUGUUUUUCAAGACAGGAUCUCUCAGUACAGACCUGGCUGUCCUGGAACCCUGUAGACCAGAUCUGCCUGCUUCUGCCUCUUGAGUGCCGGGAUUAAAGGCCUAUACCACCACCACCCUGCUAAGAAAAAAAAAAAUUAAAAGGAGAGUAUGAGAGUUUCACAGUC